UGAAGCAGAUGGAGUAAGGGGCCGAGCAGAGCAGAAGGACGGAGUUCCGGGGUAUGUGAAUAAUUACAGCAGGACGCAACAAGACGGAGGAAUUAUCUCCAGAGGGGCUCUUCUUUUGAUUUGGUUUUGGGAGACAUAGAGAAACUUUGUGUCAAGGAACUUCUAGCCAGUCCAGUUUUCACACAAGUCGUGACCUCUCAUCAUCAUGAGAUCGCUGGCCCUGGGCUUUUUCUGCCUGUUGUGCUGUAACGCAGCACGCCCAGAGAGACGUCGUCCCAAGCUCAUCCCAGCCAAAGGACAAAAUGACACAAUAAUCAAAAACAAUACAGCAGAGAAUACUUGUAAAGCCAUGCCGCUGGACUUCGUCUUUGUCAUUGACAGCUCCAGAAGCAUCCAGCCCAAAGACUACGAGAAGGUCAAGACCUUCAUCGUCAAUCUGCUCCAGUUUCUCGACGUUGGCCCCAAUGCGACGCGGGUGGGUCUGCUGCAGUAUGGCAGCGUGGUUCAACCGGAGUUCUCCCUGAACUCUUACACCACCAAAGCUGAGGUGGAGGAGGCUGUGAGGAACAUGACGCAUCUUGCCACAGGGACCAUGACUGGCUUGGCCAUCCAGUACACCAUGGAGGUAGCUCUGACCGAAGAGCAGGGGGCCAGACCCAUGAGCCUGCAAAUUCCACGGAUCGCUGUGAUUGUGACUGAUGGGAGGCCCCAGGACACGGUGGAGGAGGUCGCAGCUCAAGCGAAGCAGGCUGGCAUCCAGAUCUUUGCUAUUGGAGUGGGAAGGGUGGAAAUGAACACUUUGAAGGCCAUAGGAAGCGAGCCCCACUCUGAGCAUGUCCACCUGGUGGCCAAUUUUAGUCAGAUCGAAACCCUGACCUCAGUUUUCAAGUCCAAACUGUGUGGAGGAUCAGAUAUGUGCGAGGUGGUGGAGCAUCAGUGCCAGCAUAUCUGUGUGAGCAGCCCCGCCUCCUACAGGUGCAAGUGCAGGAAGGGCUUCACUCUCAACCCCGACGGGAAGACAUGCAAAGCUGACGAUACGUGUGCUGUGGUGGACCAUGGCUGUGAUCACAUCUGUGUUAACCUGGCAGAAGGCUAUGAAUGUCGCUGCCGUCCAGGAUACGAGCUCACCAUAGACCUGAAGAAAUGCAACAGAAUAGAUUUCUGUGACCUGGGAAACCACGGCUGUGAGCAUAACUGUGUCAGCUUACCGGGCUCCUACAUCUGCAGCUGUAUGAAAGGCUACAUCCUGAAUUCAGAUGGCAAGACUUGCAGCAAGAUCGAUCACUGUGCUGAUGGCAACCAUGGGUGUGAACAGGAGUUUAUGAACACAGAGACCUCCUGUGUGUGUAAAUGCAGCAACGGCUACACACUCAGACCAGAUGGGAAAACCUGCAAAAAGGUGGAUCCCUGCGCUGACGGCACCCACGGCUGUGAACAGGAGUCUGUGAGCACCGGAGACUCCUGCGUGUGUCGAUGCAGGGAAGGCUUCACACUCAGGCCUGAUGGGAAAACCUGCAGAAAGGUGGAUCCCUGCGCUGACGGCACCCACGGCUGUGAACAGGAGUCUGUGAGCACCGGAGACUCCUGCGUGUGUCGAUGCAGGGAAGGCUUCACACUCAGGCCUGAUGGGAAAACCUGCAGAAAGGUGGAUCCCUGCGCUGACGGCACCCACGGCUGUGAACAGGAGUCUGUGAGCACCGGAGACUCCUGCGUGUGUCGAUGCAGGAAAGGCUUCACACUCAGGCCUGAUGGGAAAACCUGCAGAAAGACCGACCAUUGUGCAGAUGGGAAUCACGGCUGUGAGCAGGAGUCUAUGAAUACGGACGAUUCGUGUGUGUGUAAAUGCAGAGCAGGAUACACGCUGCGGGCUGAUGGAAAGACAUGUCAGAGUGUGGAUCUGUGCCAGACUCUGGACCAUGGCUGCCAACAUCUGUGUGUCAGCACCGCCGAUUCAUACAUCUGCAAGUGCCACGAGGGAUUCUCACUGGCUGGAGACGGAAAACGCUGUGAAAAACCAGGGUGUCACGACGGCGUCAUGGAUUUAGUGUUUGUGAUCGACGGCUCCAAGAGUCUGGGCGCUGCCAACUUUGAGCGGGUCAAGCAGUGGGUCAACAGCAUCGUGGACUCACUGGACAUCUCCAGGACGGGCACACACGUGGGACUCAUCCAGUUCUCCACCAAGGUGCACACGGAGUUCACCCUGGGCCGGCACAGGACAGCGCAGGACGUCAAGCGGGCCGUGGCCCAGAUGCAGUACAUGGGGAGGGGCUCCAUGACCGGCUCGGCCCUGCGUCACAUGUUUCAGUUCGGCUUUUCGGAGAAAGAAGGAGCCAGGUCGAACAUCCCACGAGUGUGCGUCGUUUUCACAGAUGGAAGAUCACAGGAUGAUGUUUCGGAAUGGGCCACUAAAGCAAAGAACGCUGGGGUCACAAUCUACGCGCUGGGCGUUGGGAAGGCCAUUGAACAGGAGCUGCGAGAAAUAGCAUCAGAGCCUGCUGAGAUGCACCUGUAUUACGCUGAAGAUUUUGAGAAAAUGGGGGAAAUUACCAAGAAACUCAAGUCAAGGAUAUGUAACGACAAGCCGGCAGAUGAAAACAUGUGUCGGUGCGAGAGCUUGAUCGUGUUUCAGAAGCAAGUGACAGAGAAGCUGAAGGACCUGGCUCAGAGUAUUGAAGCGAUGUCAAAGAAGCUGGAGACGCUGGAGAAUCAAGCGGGGCGUAACUAAAAGGCCGAGGCUCCCUGGUUCUGACAGGAUCAUCAUCAACUGGGACUGUAAACGCUGUUUGUCGUUUCAUCAGUACAAGUUUUAUUACUUUAUUUGUUAAGUGCUACUGUUUUAAUCACUAUAUCUCUGCAUGUCUGUCAUUUCUUCAGCGGUGGGUCACACAUGAGUCCACGGCUCAUCUUCAUGAAACAUGUCUUAGAUGAAAUCCUGUUUCAUUUUGAAAUCUUUUUAAAAUGUCGUUCCACUAAUGACUGGCCCUUUACAGCAAGGAUUCCUCAAAACAUCCAUUCCACCAGAUGCACGGGAAGCUAUGAUAGCUUCAAAACGUUCCAUGUAAGCUGCUCAAACACAUGGCAUAUGCCCUAUCCCUUGAAUCUCCUUUAUUAAUAAGUCUGCACAUCAAAAGAAAAGAUGAACAAUUAUAAAUUAUGUCACGAUUAGGCUGUUUAUAUUCAUCUCAAAUUUUAGGGUCCUGGUUAAUAUUAAGCUGCCCUCUAAAAGUCGCUGAAAAAAGCGCUCAAAAUAUGCUUGAUUCACCAAAUGACGAUUACAGACAGCUGUCUUAAAUAGAAAUUUUUAUGAGAUCUUUUUAAUCCUCACUUAUAAUGGCCGUCAGUCGGGGUUCUAAUAGGAACGUCACCACAGGAGAGCAAGUCUUUCUGCCACCCGUCACAUAACCAGACAAACAGAGGGUAAUCUGAAGACCAAGAAAGCGUUGGAAAUUUUAUUUUUUGUGUGGUUCUGCAAAUAAAACAGCUUCACAAAG